AGGAGUAGCGGCGUGUAGCUCGAAGCUAUCCCGUAUUAACCUUACACCGAGACGUGGUUUAGCUUUGAAUCCCGGUCGGAUCUGGGUUCACGGGAGUUGACGGACAGCAGUCUUUCAAAGACUGAUCCCUUUCUCUUCCCCCGCCUCCCUCCGCUCAGCUACAAUCAUGAUAAAAGCCAUUUUAAUAUUCAACAACCACGGGAAACCGAGGCUUUCUAAAUUCUACGAGCAUUAUAGUGAAGACACAGAGCAACAGAUCAUCAGGGAAACCUUCCACUUGGUCUCAAAGAGAGAUGAGAACGUCUGUAAUUUCCUAGAAGGUGGAAUGUUGAUCGGAGGAUCAGACUACAAGCUGAUCUACAGACACUAUGCCACGCUGUACUUUGUGUUUUGUGUGGACUCCUCAGAGAGUGAACUAGGAAUUUUAGACUUAAUCCAGGUAUUUGUGGAAACGCUGGACAAAUGCUUUGAGAAUGUCUGUGAGCUUGACUUAAUUUUUCAUGUAGACAAGGUCCACAACAUACUGGCAGAGAUGGUGAUGGGCGGGAUGGUCCUUGAGACCAACAUGAACGAAAUCAUCACACAGGUGGAUGCCCAGAACAAGAUGGAAAAGUCUGAGGCCGGUAUUGCAGGAGCGCCUGCUCGUGCCGUAUCAGCUGUAAAGAACAUGAACCUCCCGGAAAUGCCCAGAAACAUCAACAUUGGUGACAUCAGCAUAAAAGUGCCAAAUUUACCCUCCUUCAAAUAGUGGCAGCGAGAUCCUGAACCUGCAGAUGUCAGCCAAUGUUUACCACAAUGCAAUCUGUUUACCAAAACCUCAAAUUACUAACUUUUAUCCAAACUAUACAUCUCGAAGGUACUGUGUGGUUUGACACUCCUUGUUCUGGUGUUAUCUCUUUGUUUUUCCUAUUCAAGAAAAGAGUGUUUUACGUGUGAUUUUUUUUCUGUUGGAAGGAAAAAUGAAGUAUUUAUUUAUCAGUGGUACAUUCCUUCUGCCUCGCUUGGGGGUUGGCCCUUGACAUUUAGCUGCUACAGUCCAGAUCUGUGUCAGUUUGUGACUGAAAUUGUUUUACUGACUCAAGUGUUUACUUAAAAAAAAAGAGGGCGGGUAGUGAAGUUUUGGGACAGUCUUAUUGGUUUAGUUAUUCCAGAGCAGAGAAAUCAAUCAGUGGAGGAAAGAGCAUGAAACCAUUUCAAACACCAAAUUGGAACAGGUCUGUUACAGUAUUGAAAGUCAGACAUUACAGCUCAUUUGUAAAAUCAGUGAAAAAAAGUAAAGAAUAUUAUAUUGCAUAUAUGCUGUGUGAUAGAAAUAUGAAUAUACAUGCUGAAAUGAUUUUUUUUCUUUUCUUAUUUGUAUGCAAAAUAUUUUUAAAUGAUUUCUCAUGUCUUAUCAGAUAUUUCUCUUAAUUUUAAUCUGUGCAUGACUUUUUUCUUUUCUUUUUUCAACAUAAUAAACUGUCGAAACUCAA